UGUCGAGUGUGUAUAGGAAUGCAAACCAAUCUUCCAAUUUGUUGUUUCGUGUCUGUCGUGUCAAAGAAUCAUAAAUUUUCUUCUGUUUUGUUUAUUGUAAAAAUUGUAAUUAAAUGUUUUUCUUCAAAUUCGUUUAAAUUCAUCAACUUUCGUGUCUGGGUUCAUACUAUAAUUCAAUUUUCCAAAUUAUUCGAAUAAAAUGUCCGGCAAAUUUCACGGUUUCUCUCAAGACUACAUCGAAAAACUGAAAUCCAAUCCGAAAACAAAUAAAGAGAAUAAUAAACCAAACAUACCCGAAAGGACAAAAUCACAUCCACCGGCAAAAGUGACAACAAUAAAGUCACAACAACAAAUGAUUGCGAAAACACCGACAACAAAUAAACCUGUUGAUGACGCAGACGAAACUAGCCAGGAUUUGUCGAACAAUCACCUGCAGGAUGCACUACAUUUCAAGCCAUUACCACCACCGAAAUCGGUGUCGAUUGACGAAAUUGUGGAAUCAGCACAAGAAAUUAAGAAGUCGGAUGACUCAUCCAAAAAUGUUGUUGCAUUUAAGGGCAUUUCACUCAAGGAUUAUGAAAGCCAACGACGCAUGGUCGAAGAGCAAAAUAAGCAGAAAAAGGAAAUUUUAUACAGGGCGAUUGAGCAACACUCCGAGCGAACCGCUGCUGAAGCUAAGAAAUUGCAAGAAAUCAGAAAAGAAUUACAAAAAUUGGAAUCAGAGCUAGCAGCUGAUGUUUCGGUGUUACGAAAGCAAAUCGAAGAUGCUAGCGUUAAAUACAUGAAUGCUGAAAAAAGCUACGAGCAAAUCGAGACGGCAUUUUUAAUCGCCAAGACGAAUUUAUUUAAGGCUCGCGAGAAGAAAGAGCUCUUGGCUGAGCACUUGAACAUAAUCAUUUCGAAUAACGAGGACAGAAAAGCGAAAAAGUUGUCCGAACUGAUGGAAAAGGUCGGUUUGACACCGCUUGGUGAAACGGUGACCGCAGCAGUUCCUGAUUGUACUGUUGAUCAACAAACAAUGAAUGGAAACUGAUAAAUUGUGCAAUUUAAAAUUUAGGCGAUAUUUAUAACAGUGACGUUCUUGCCAGGAGGAAAGGACAGCCAGUUCAGCUGUUGAUAACGAUCUUUACUAACUCAAUAUCUACUCAAUAUCUCCUAUCUGUUCUUGCCUAUACUUUUAUCAUUAUUUUACGUAUGUAAUACCGGCUGGUGCAUUAUUUAUUAUUAAAAAGUUUUAAUUUUGUGACUAAAA